UGGCGGAUGCAGCGCAGGGGCCGCAGCUGAACAAUAACACUUCGGAUUGUGUGUAAAACGCAGCGCGGAGCGGCUCGAUUCUCCCCGGAAUCGCUCCCUGGACGCGGCUUUCAUCGUGCAGAUGCAGCUGGACGUUGAUCGCGGGUCUCUGCUGGUCUGGUUCGAAGCGAUUUGAGGCGUGCAGCAUCCGAGGCUUCGCUAAUAGCUGCGGGAGUUUGAGGCAGAAGGACGCGGCCUCUCGGUCUCUUCAUGCUGGAUCUGUGAACAUGGGAGACUCGCUGGGUCUGAUCGGGAAACGGCUGCUUCUCCUGCCCAACGAUGCAGCUCCUGCUGCCGGGAACAAACCGGAGCAGCAGGCGGCCUGGCUACGAGGAACCGUCCGGGCAGUCAGGGCAAGUGGGCAGGCGAGCCCGGGGGUGGAGGUGUUCCUGGAGUUCGAGGGAAGCCCAUGGCGGCAGCGCACCUGGAUUCAGGUGUUCGGAGAGGAGGUCAGAGCGGCCCUGAUGGAGAACACCGUAGUGUGGGCGCCUGUUAGCGACUCCUCCGUUUCUGCGGUCGGGGGAACGUCUCCGAGCCUCUGGCCAGCCUUGGUUUUCCAGCCGCUCGUGGACCGUGUCGGGUUGGGAUCGCUGGUUCCUGUUGAGUUCUUCAUGAGCAGGAAGCUGGAGUUCCUCUCCAGUGUGAACACGCUGCAGAGAUUUGAGGCUGAUAAGGACCUACGGCACCCGCUGUUGCAGGAGCAGCCGGCCCUCCAUGCGGCGGUCAGCGGCUGGAACCAGGACAAGGAGCUGCAGGAAAUUCUAAGAAAAGGUCCGUUCACCAUCCAGGGCAGACGGGUGCGGGUUUACCAGCCGGAGUUUGAAGAACCCUGGGCUCACGGGCUGGUCUCUCAGCACGACCCCGUUACACACGUGAUGGAAAUCACCAUGGACCAGGGUGAGGAGUCGCAGGUCGUCGAUCCGCGCGGCGUUCACGUAACGCUCGCUAGUGAUUCAGCAGAUGAGAGCCAGGACCGGCGAAGGAAAGAGACGGACGGAAAGGGCGAGUGCGCGCGGCGGAGACGGACGGCAUCCGAGUGCGACGAGGACGUGACCCUCAAGCGAUUCAAGGCUACCGGAGAGGUCGCGCCGAAUGGGCAGGACGACGGCGUGUUCAGCAAGGACUCGGAGACCCUGCAGGAACACUCGGGCGUCAGAUCUGCCGGGUUCAUCAAGGAGAACGGCAGCGCCGCGCUGAUCCAAGACAAAUCUGCGGUGCCUCCUACGUCCACCCUCACGCCCCCACCUUUAAAACCCGCUCCCUCAGCCUUCUCCAGCUCCUUUCCCUCUCUGGGUCAGAUGCCCAGUCUGGUGCCCGGAGCGCCCGCGUCGAGGUCCUCCCCCACAGCAGCGGAGCGGGAGGACGGCGUUCUCUCGGUCUAUCCGAAAUCUGCCCCCCUGAUAUCCCCGGGGCCCGUCACUAUCUCCUCCCCCUCCCAGGGUAACUCUCCCAGCGUCAUCCUCUCGGCGCACCCCGAGCUCGGCCGGAAGGCGCCCGUCUGGGGGGCACUCGCAGAAGCAAACCAGACUCACAAGACGACCCUCGUGGGUUCUGGAGUCGGUUCUUCUCAGCCUAAGCAGUCGGGCGUGUUCGGAGACGUGCAGACGAACGGAUCUUCUCAAGAGGCCGCGCCCUUCGGCUUCUACUUCUCCAGCAGCAAAGAGUCCCAGCAGCAGGCGUCCAGUCCGUCUCAGAACCUGUUCAUCCAGUGCAUGUCUCAGGCUCAGAGCCCGGCGCUCGGCCAAGGUCAGUCCAAGGACACGAACUACUUUACGGCCGUGUCGGAGAGCCUGAGCAAAGAGCCGCCCACGCUGUUCAAACCCGCCGCGCCCUCUCCCUCCGAGGGCCUGAAGAAGGCCGUGGUGGCGUCGGCGUCCGCCGGGCUCUUCGGUUCCGCGCCGGUGGGCGCCCUGGCGUCCGUCAAGGAGCAACCCAAAGCGCUGGACGUCAAGGCGACGGGGAACGGCGUCCUGAUGAACAAACCUUUCGGAGCAGGAGGGGACGCGCUGGGCAAACUGGCGCCCGGGUUCCCCGCGGGUAUCGGCAGCAACCCGGUCGUAGGUUCGGGCGACAUUUCCAAACCCGCUCUGGGCCUCGGGACCUCCCUGGGUCUGAGUGGAUUGAAAGCUCCGAGCGUUGCCAGCCCCGCCAGCGGGUUCGGCCUGCUUUCGGGCGGCAAGGCUUCAGAACCUCACGAGAACCUGUUCCUGCAGGCCUCGAAAGAGACCAAUCCCUUCCUGGCUCUCGGCGGGGGGGUCUCGAACAGCCCGUUCAGCUCGCUGCCCACUCCGAAACCGCCCCCGCCGGUGUCGGCGCCUCUGCCCGCGGGCGGCGUUCCUAACCAAGAUCCGCCCGCCGCUGACAGCCAGGCCAAUCUCUUCACCAUGGCCGAACCUCCCAAAGGAAUCCUUUCUUCCCAGUUCGUCGGUUCUUCCACCUCGGCGGCGUCUUUUACGCCUCAGCGGGAGGAGGGCGUGGCCGGCGUGGGCGCCGAGAGCAGGCUCGCGGAGGGCCCGGCCGGCCCCGUGCUUUUCGACCAGGCGUCUCAGAAGUUCGCCCUGGACGAGCGAGUUCAGACCAGCAAGCGAGACUCGGACUCCAGCUCCAACAGCGACCUGUCUGACCUGAGCGAGGCCGAGGACGAUGCAGAGCAAAGCCAGGGGGACCACGCCCAACCGGGCUCCGCAGACGGCGCUAAGGGCCAGAAGACCAAGGCUCAGGGCGUCCCUAAGGGCAGGCCGAGAAACCAGCCAUUCAAAGCCGGUCAGUCGGUACUGAAGGACCCGAACAAGGUGCGGCGGCUGAAGCAGUCGGGCGAGGCCUUCCUCCAGGACGCCUCCUGCAUCAACGUGGCGCCGCACCUGCACAAGUGCCGCGAGUGCCGCCUGGAGCGCUACCGCAAGUUCCGCGAGCAGGAUUCGGAGGACGACGACCCCAACGUGUCCUGCCGCUUCUUCCACUUCCGCAGGCUGGCGUUCACCAAAAAAGGAGUCCUUCGUGUGGAGGGCUUCCUGACCCCGCAGCAGAGCGACAGCAUGGCGAUGGGCUUGUGGCUCCCCUCCUCUAACGCACAAGAGGGCCUCGACCUGGACACGUCCAAGUACAUCCUGGCUAACGUCGGGGACCAGUUCUGCCAGCUCGUCAUGUCCGAGAAAGAAGCCAUGAUGAUGGUGGAGCCUCACCAGAAGGUGGCGUGGAAGCGGGCGGUCCGGGGCGUGAGGGAGAUGUGCGACGUGUGUGAGACCACGCUCUUUAACAUCCACUGGGUGUGUCGCAAGUGCGGUUUCGGUGUUUGCCUGGACUGUUACCGGCUCCGGAAGAGCCGACCGCCCGACGAGGAUGAAGAAGGGGCGGACGACGACGUCUUCUCGUGGCUGAAGUGUGCCAAAGGUCAACCUCACGAACCCCAGAACCUCAUGCCCACUCAGAUCAUACCUGGCACAGCGCUCUACAAUAUAGGGGACAUGGUACACGCGACCCGGGGGAAGUGGGGAAUCAAGGCCAACUGUCCCUGUACCAGCCGACACAUCAAAGCCCCGACACGCCCCGCUGCUCCCAACGGCCUCUCACAGUCGGGCGCUUCCUCCAGCACAGGAAACGGAAACGGUGCCGCUUCCACGUCGACCACGCCUCGACCUGACGGCGAUUCCGCGACAGCCGUGUCGAUGAAACUAGAACCCGGUACGGAGGGGAGCGGUGCCGAUCCGUCAGCCGCCAGCGGUGCCAGCAUCAGCGCAGCCAGCGCAGCUAACGCCCUCACGCCUGGCACCAAGGAUGGCAAGGGUAACUCCUCGUCUGCUCUUCACUGGCUGGCUGAUCUGGCCACGCAGAAAGCUAAAGACGACUCCAAAGACUCGGGAUCCCUGCGGGCCAUGAUGAAUCGGGAUGCCCGGCCUCCCUUCGGCCUGGACGCCUUCAGCACCCUGUCCAAGCCGCCGGGUUCCAGUCCCAAACUCUUCAACAGCCUCCUGCUGGGCUCCGGCCCCACCCAGCCUAAAGCGGAGGGGAGCAGCCUGCGGGACCUGCUGAACUCCGGCCCGGGCAAACUGCCCCCGGCCCCUGAUGGUGGAGUCCAGUUUCCUUCGGUGUUCUCCUCCUCUGCAGGGGCUGAAAGGGGUAAGGGGGGUCUUCCUACCAUCCUGGAUCACAUCAUCGCGUCUGUGGUGGAGAACAAGAAGGCGGAGGGUCGGCGCGCCGCCGGCUCGGCCGAGGCCGGGGAGUCCGGAGGCGUGCCGCGCAGAGACGGGGCGAUGGGUCUGAGCGUGCUCGACCCUCACACGUCUCACUCGUGGCUGUGCGACGGGCGUCUGCUCUGCCUGCAGGACCCCAGCAACACCAACAACUGGAAGAUCUUCCGCGAGUGCUGGAAACAGGGACAGCCGGUCCUGGUGUCGGGCGUCCACAAGAGGCUGAACAGCGGCCUGUGGAGGCCCGAGGCCUUCAGCGAGGAGUUCGGCGACCAGGUCGUGGACCUGGUCAACUGCAGGAACUGCGCCAUCAUCUCUGAGGUCAAGGUCCGAGACUUCUGGGACGGCUUCCAGGUCAUCUCCAAACGGCUGCAGGGCGCCGAUGGUCAGGCCAUGGUACUGAAGCUGAAAGACUGGCCCCCGGGGGAGGAUUUUCGGGACAUGAUGCCCUUGCGGUUCGACGACCUGAUGAAUAACCUUCCGUUACCAGAGUACACCAAGAGGGACGGGCGGUUAAACCUGGCCUCCCGGCUUCCUAACUUUUUUGUGCGGCCGGAUCUCGGGCCCAAAAUGUACAACGCGUACGGUCUGAUAUCCACGGAGGACAGGAAGGUCGGCACCACCAACCUGCAUUUGGACGUGUCCGAUGCGGUUAACGUGAUGGUGUACGUGGGAAUUCCACGAGACGAAAGCAAUCAUGAAUCAGAAGCAGACCCGGCUGGAUACAAAGAGGUGUCGACCACCAUCGAGGAGGGUGACGUGGACGAGAUGACCAAGAGGAGGAUUUAUGAGAAUAAGGAGAAACCUGGCGCCCUCUGGCACAUCUACGCCGCCAAGGACGCCGAGAAGAUCCGCGAGCUCCUGCGGAAGGUGGGAGACGAGCAGGGUCAGGAGAACCCGCCGGAUCACGACCCCAUCCACGAUCAGAGCUGGUACCUGGACCAGGUCCUGCGCCGGCGGCUCUUCGAGGAGUACGGCGUCCAGGGCUGGGCCAUCGUUCAGUUCCUGGGAGACGCCGUGUUCAUUCCCGCCGGAGCGCCUCAUCAGGUGCACAACCUGUACAGCUGCAUCAAGGUGGCGGAGGACUUCGUCUCGCCCGAGCACGUCAGGCACUGUUUCAGACUGACGCAGGAGUUCCGACACCUCUCCACCACACACACCAACCACGAGGACAAGCUGCAGGUGAAGAACAUCAUCUACCACGCUGUGAAGGACGCCGUGGGGACGUUAAAAGCUCACGAAGCCAAGCUGGCUCGCUCCUAGUCCCCGCCGCUCCCUGGCUGACCUGAAAAGCUGUAGAGCUGUAGAGCUGGAGGCCGAGUGUUAUUGGGCACUUAAAAAAAAAAAAAAAGGGGGUUCGUGGGGGUUCCGAUGCGCUCGCCGAACAAGCUCAUUAGUUCGAGACGUCGGCUUCAGAUUAGGAUUAAAGAUUCGCUUCAUCAGUGUUACAAACGCCUCUCUCUCACACACACACACACACACACACACACACACACACACACACACACACACACACACACACACACUCAUUUCAUCUGAGAUAUGGGAGGAUUUUAUAAUGCGGGACGUUCGUGGGACUCCUGGAGAAGGAUCCACGGCAGGAUGGUUUCCUCCGGGGACCACGCGAGCGCCGGGUUCUUUUUAGCCGACCUGAUUUCUUUUCUUUAGCUCUGUACUGAUGGUUAAUAAAGGUUCCUUCCCUCGUCUGUUCUCUUCUCUUCUGUUUGAGGUGGACAUGCGUUUUUAAUGAAACUAGACCAAAGUUUUGUAUUUUUAGUUGUUUUUUCUCAUCAUUUCAACUAAAACAUCAUCAUCAUCAUCAUCAUCAUCGUCUGGUCUGGUUUUCCUUUUAUAGGCCCUUAGCUGAUUUGAUUCACUGAUGAACGCUAGUCAGACAUGAAAUGUUCAGAAAUCAAGAUUUUCCAGUCAUGGACUACUGGUCGUGGAUAUGUAACGAUAUGUAUUGAUCUUAGCCGUGUGUAUGAUUUUUCAAAAUAAAGACAAACAAACAAUUAAACUCUG